CACUGACACAUGUAGAGUACAAGCGACAAGCAGCGGCCAGACAUCAACGCGAGUGGACAGUUCCAAACAGAGUUCUCGCUUCCUCUAUGGAAAUUACGGAAGACAUUCCCGAGCGCUCGUUUAACCAAACCGCAGCCGAUCUUUCCAGUCAUAACCAGAACAUCUGAAAAGGUGACGGGACGGCAACAGUGGAAAUACAAUCUGAAAUCUCCAUUUGCUUGACUCUUUCGCAGCACUGAAGUAUUGUCGAGUUUGCUGGACUGUGCGCGUUCUUUUUAUUGUCUACCGAGAAAACAGACUGCUGUACAUUUCUCACCAACCAUUCAACCAUUGCAUUUCAUAUAGACACAAUGGUGAACCCUGGAGGAAGUGCCCAGCCCCCACCUGUUGGAGCGGGAUCUCUGUCGUGGAAGCGCUGCGCGGGCUGUGGGGGAAAGAUUGCCGACCGUUUUCUCCUGUAUGCCAUGGACAGCUAUUGGCACAGCCGCUGUCUGAAAUGUUCCUGCUGCCAGGCCCAGCUCGGAGAGAUCGGCACAUCCUGCUACACCAAGAGUGGCAUGAUCCUAUGUAGAAAUGACUACAUCAGAUUAUUUGGGAACAGUGGGGCGUGCAGCGCGUGUGGUCAGUCCAUCCCAGCCAGUGAACUGGUUAUGAGGGCACAGGGAAACGUGUACCAUCUCAAGUGUUUCACAUGUUCUACCUGCCGGAACCGGCUGGUCCCUGGUGACAGGUUUCACUACAUCAACGGCAGCUUGUUCUGCGAACACGACAGACCCACAGCACUCAUCAACGGCCAUUUGAGUUCACUGCAGACUAACCCUCUACUGCCUGACCAGAAAGUGUGUUAGGAUGUAGGAGUUGCUCAAAGCAGGAUGUGUGCCUUCAUUUCAGCCCCUCGCUCAUUGUCACUGAAGACCUUUUCGGAUCGGACCCCAUCCCACUCCUUUUCUCAAAGCUCCGCUACUCCAAACCAGAGCGCCGAUCUCAGGCUUGAGCUCCACCUUGAUCUGCAAUAGCCAGAGCCCCCCUUUCCCACCCUUUACUCCAAACUCCCGAAUCAUGGAUGGAAAAUACCCAUGAGGCCCUGGAGGGGGGAUACUGAGGACUCUAUGAACUGACCCAGACGAGACCUCUGAUCCUGAGGGACUCAAAGACUGACACAGAGAGAGACCAGCUGGAGGAUGUUGUUUUUGAGUAAAAAAAGAGACAGAAAGGGUGAAAUUAAAAUGACAAAUGAAGCUGAUCCACUACAGCGAUUUUUGAAUCUUUCGUAACACUUGUUUGAAAAUUUAGUGGGGGAAUACUGACUUUCUUUUUGCCUUUAUAUUUUUGUCCUACCUUGUCUAUUCUCCUUUUCUUCACAACAUGGUAUCUUCUCUUUCUAUAUUUUAGAUGUUGUAAAGGGAACGUGUUUCAUUUCAGAUGAUAUAAAAAUCCUGAAGACUGGGUUCAAAGAAGUAUCCGUGGCUUUUUUGUGGAAAUCAAAUCAUGAACACUCUUGGUGUAUUUGUAGAACUACCAUGUACAGUACGUAUGCAUGUAAAUGUUUUUGUCCCAUUGUGGCUACCGUACAUACUACACACAGCAGCUAACUCUAUUCCAUUUUCCCAAACAAAAAAUGAAGCUCAUAGCUGUCAACCUAUAAAUGCAGAAUGAGAGAGAAUUCUAUUUGUGAUAUUUUCAGAGACAUUUGCUCCAAUAUGGUGUAUUUAAUUAAUAAAAAAAUGAAAUUAAAACAUCCCUUUUUAAAUCCUAUUUAAA